AUGACGCGGGCGCGGCGGUGGGAGGACGUGCUGGAGGUGGCGGCGCAGCACAUGGACGGGUUCGACGAGGUGAACGUGGCCACGGCGCUGCACCGGCUGGGGAAGCUGGCGCGGCCGCGGCGGGCGGGGCGGACGGUGCGGUCGGACCCGGUGUUCGCGCGGCUGCUGGGGCACGUGCGGCGGCGCGCGCCGGCGAUGUCGGAGCGGCAGCUGUCGAACAUCCUGUGGGGCCUCGCGGCGCUGGGGUGGGGGGAGCGCGACGACGACGACGCGCGCGUGGUGGAGGACGUGCUGGGGGCGCUGCGGGGCAAGGUCGGGGAGUGCGGGCAGCAGGAGCUGGCGAACGUGGUGUGGGCGCUGGCGACGAUGGGGUGGAGGGACGCGGGCGCGAUGCGGGCGGUGGCGCGGGAGGUGGCGCGGCGCGACAUGCGGGGGUUCGCCCCGCAGGCCAUGUCCAACCUGGCGUGGGGGUUCGCGACGCUCGACGUGCGCGACGACGAGCUCUUCGGCGUGCUCGCCGCGGAGGUCGCCGAGCGCGCGCGCGUGUUCGAGCCGCAGGCGGUGUCCAACACCAUGUGGGCCUUCUCCGCGCUCGGGUACCGCGACGCGCGGGCCCUGCGCGCGCUCACGGACCAGGUCCUGCGGCGCGCGGCCGACUUCCGGUCGCAGGAGCUCUCGCACGUGCUGCUCACGGCGGCGCGCCUCGACCUGGCGCGCGCGGACCUGCUCGAGUGCCUGUGCGCGGAGUUCGCGGCGCGGGCGGCGCGCGGGGAGACGGACGAGCAGACGACGGCGAACGCGCUGUGGUCGCUCGCCACGCUGCGGCACUACGACAAGGGCGCGCUCGACGCCUUCGUGGAGCUCACCGUCGAGCGCGCGCAGGGCGUCAAGGUGCUGGAGCUGGUCGAGGUGCUGUGGGCGCUGGCGAAGCUCGCGCACCACCCGGGGCAGCGCGCGCUCGCGGAGAUCUGCGCGGGCCUCUCGGCGCGCGCGGCCGACAUGGACGAGCAGCAGUGGAGCAAGGUCAUGUGGGCGCUCGCCGUCCUGCAGGGCACCGCGCUGCCGCUCUUCGGGGACCUCGCCGCGCGGCUCGCGGCCAGCCCCGCGGCCCGCGAGCGCUACGGCGACCUCUCGACGGAGGCCAAGAGCCAGCUGUUCCAGGCCAUCAUCACCGCGCGGCUCGAGGCGCGGUCGCAGGGGGCGCGCGGGGGCCCGCAGCUCCCGCUCGACCUCCUGCGGAACCUGUGGCGCGACUGGCGGGAGUACGUGUGCCACGUGUCGCUCUCCGCGUUCCACCUCGACGUGUCGCUGGCGCUGGCGCGGCUGGGCGUGCCGCACGUGAACGAGCGGACGGUCGAGGACGGGCUCAAGUACAUCGACGUCGCGAUCGAGCAGGGCGACGUGCGGCUCGCGGUCGAGGUCGACGGGCCCAGCCACUUCACCCGCAACACCGCGCAGCCCCUGGGGAGCACGCUGCUCUCGCGGCGGGUCACGCGCGCGUGCGGGUGGCACGUGCUCUCCAUCCCGCACUACGAGUGGCCCAAGGACGACCCGCACGCGCAGGCCGAGCUGCUCGCCACGCGGCUCGCGGCCGCGGGCGUCGCGGUGCGGAACGGCACGCACACACCAGCACCCGCGCAGAGCCCGCCCGGGGCUCCGCGCGGCUCCCUCGCGGAGGCGCUGACGGCCGCCGGCGCGACGCUGACCCCGGAGGAGGCGGGGGCCGCGUCGUCGAUGGGCAUCGGGCAGCUCGCGGACGCGCUGCAGCCCUACUGGGGCGCGGACAUCAGCAGCGAGCAGAUGCUGGUGCUGUGCAAGCGCGCGCUGGGCGACGUGGCCGCGGGCACGGCGGCGCGCGCGGAGGGCGGCGACGGGGCCGCGCAGGGCCCCGCGCGCGCCCCCGUCGCGAGCGCGGAGGCGGAGGAGGAGGCGCGGCGCGGGGAGGAGGCGGAGCGGCGGGAGCAGCUGCGGGCGAUGCCGAUACGGUCGCUGCGGCCGCUGCUGCGGGACCGCGGGCUGCCCGUGAGCGGGCUGAAGAACGUGCUGGUCGAGCGCAUGCUGGCGUACGAGAGGGAGCGCGAAGGGGUGGAGGCGGUGGGGGGCGCCGCGGUGCGAGGCGCGGGGGACGGGCGGGAGCUGACGCGGGGGUCGUAG